AGUCGGUACAGUGCGGUCGGUGUUUUUCGGUAAGAGCUGGACGGAGAGCAAGAGAGAGAGAAAGAGAGAGAGAAAGAGAGAUAGAGAGAGAUGGCUAUUGGCAUAGGAACACGAACGGAAAUAGAAGAAACGAGUAAAUCUGAGAUGACCUUGACUCGACAGACAUAUCCCAUCAUUUUGAUCAACUGACAUAACGGCCGUUUUUCCGGUAGGAAAAGUUCCAGUGUUUGACGUUACCGUUUUACGCUUCUUCUCCACACGGUGCCCGGGAUUUUACCGCGUGCCCUUGCAGCACAUAUAAUAAAAUCCCACAUUCCACAUUUACUACAAUAGUUCCCCACCCGGUUGAUCUUGAUAUACGAGGGGAAAUCGGCUAUAAUCGACUGGAUUUCUUGAAUCCUGAUUGUGCGUGACCCCCUCUCACUCUUCCCCUCUCUCUUUCUCAGGUUUAGACCUCUGCACCUCUCCUUCCUCCGCAGGUACCUGGUAACCCAGAUAGAACUCCAGGUCUGUAGGCACAUGGCCCUCCAUUCUCUCCCCCAGUGAGUGGUGAGCCACGCUGGCCUCCCCAGCCCCCGCCCUGCCCCCGGACCCAGAGCCAGAGCCAGAGCCCGGCCCGGCCAGCCGAGAGGAGGAGCAGUAUGUGAGCCUGCCUGAGCCACCCACCCCACCACCACCAUGCAGGGACGCUGAGACCCUCACUGGUAGAUGUGUGUAACACUGCUGACCUACCGGAAGUUGAGAUCAUCAGUCUGUUGGAGGAGCAGCUGCCGGUGUAUCGGUUACGCGCCGACACCGUCUUCGGUUACGACCAUGACGACUGGCUACAUACACCGCUACUGUCACCAGAUGCACGCAUCGACCUGACCACAGAACAGAUCGAGGAGACGCUCAAAUACUUCUUGCUAUGUGCAGACAGAGUGGGCCAGAUGACGAAAACCUACAAUGACAUCGAUGCUGUCACACGUCUGCUGGAGGAGAAAGAGAGGGACCUGGAGUUGGCUGCUCGGAUCGGCCAAUCACUGCUCAAGAAGAACAGAACGCUCACAGAGCAGAAUGACUACCUGGAGGUACAAGUGGGACACAUCACAGAGGAGGUGGCCCAGCUGCAUCACGAGUUGAACCUGAAGGAUGAGUUGCUGCAGUUCUACACCAAUGCAUCAGAGGAGAGUGAAGAGGACUCUACUACUGGCUCACCCACGAGUAAGCGGAGUAAGCUGCUGGGUGUGUCAGGAUUUGGAGCUGACUCUAUGCAAAGGAAACUCAGAGAGCUGGAGGAAGAGAACCUAUCCCUCCGCUCAGAGGCCUGUAAUCUGAAGACUGAGACUGAGACCUACGAGGAGAAGGAACAACAGCUGGUCAACGACUGUGUUAAAGAACUCAGACAGUCCAGUCUGCAGAUAAACACCAUAGCGGAGGAGUUGGCUCGGAAGACAGAGGACGCCAUGCGACAGCAGGAGGAGAUCACACACCUGCUCUCUCAAAUAGUUGACCUACAGAAGAAAGCCAAGUGGUUCGCAGUGGAGAAUGAGGAGCUCUCUCAGCACCUAGGGGCAGCUAAAGAUGCCCAGAGACAACUCACAGUCGAGCUAACAGAUUUGGAUGAUAAAUAUUCAGAGUGUAUAGAGAUGCUCCAUGAGGCUCAGGAAGAGCUGAAGUACUUGAGGAACAGAAACCAUCCUGCUGGAACACCACGCAGAUUCCAUCCUCUGGGUCUCUACCCUAUGGACUCCCUGGCAGCAGAGAUAGAGGGGACAAUGAGGAAGGAGAUGAGUCUGGAUGACCCUGAGUGCGAGGAACAGAAGGUGCACCACAAGCGUGUGUUUGAGACAGUGAAGAACAUCAACCAGAUGGUCCGGCAGCGUUCUCCAAUCCCGUCCAACGCCAACAUCCCGGGAUCCAAUCAGGCGUCGUCUCUUAGCUCCGCUCACUCUAGUGGCAGGACCACACCCAUGACUGGUAGCAUUAGCUGGGAUGUCAGAGGUGACGGUGUCACCCUUGACAACCGACAACAGAGCAUGCUCAUGGAGUCAGCAGCAGACAAUCAGGACAGUGUGGACGCCCGUGCUAAGAAAGCAGCUGGUGUUGAGGACCUGAGGCUGGCGUUACGCCGCCUGUCCCUGCGCCGCCAGAACAACCUGAGCGAGAGACGCUUCUUUGAGGAGGAGAGAGGGAGGAGGAGAGGUGGAGGAGGAGUUGCGCAGGAUGGGGGGGGGCAGGGGGGUGGGAUGACACCCUCAGAUAGCAUCAUGUCUCUGGGGUCAUUACACCUGUGGGCCUCCCGACCAUACCUCCCCGACAAACUACAGAUCGUUAAACCCCUGGAAGGCUCUGCGACCCUUCACCACUGGCAGCAGUUGGCUCAGCCCCACUUAGGAGUGAUCCUGGAUGCUAGACCUGGGGUUGUACCUAAAGGCUUCAGGCCUCUGGAACUAGAGCUGGAACAGGUGUAUCCAUGGGGUGGUUUCGAGGAGGAUGAACCAGGAGAGCAGUACUUCCAGAGUCUCCCCACCUCCUCAGCCUCUGCCUCCCCCGCCCUCCCCCCUCAGCCUCACCCUCCUUACCCCUCUACUCCCCCCAGCCACCUCGCCUCACCCUCAGCCCCCUCUCCCUCCCCUCACCUAAGCAACACUGAUCCUGCAGCGGUGUACUACCCAGGUAAAUGCAUGGCCCAUGCCAGCUCUACCUACACCUUUACUACCUGUCGUAUCCUACACCCAACUGAUGAGCUGACCCGCGUCACACCCAGUGUUAACCCCGGCAUGUCCUCGUCAUCCUGUGUGAUGACAUCAUCUAUCCUGGCCACUCCCGCUGGCACGCCCUGUCAUACACCCCGCAGGAUGAGUCUACUACGACCCUCUGAGUCUUCUACCAACCUCAGGGAAGCCACACGUACCACCAGUACCUCUCUGGGAUUAGUGCGCCUUCUGCAGGAGAGAGGCAUCUCUGCAGCCAUGUACCACCACCAGACCCAGGGCUGGGACAGGGCUGGCGGGCCCGGGGUGGGGAGCGGAGGGGUGCUGUUCAGUACCUCUAUCACCCCUAACCUCCACCCAGCCCCCCACCCCGACACCCUCCGCCCCUCCACUCCCCCCAACUCCCCCACAGGACACGACCCCCCAUCCUCGGGGACCAACACCCCCGCGGGCUUCGACUUCAAGUCUCCUUCCUAUGACACCUUCCUGGCCUCCAAGCCGGCACGGUCCAUUCUGAAGGAAGUAGCGGGGGGGAUGGGGAGCAGCCGGAGCAGGAGGCAGCAGAGGGGGAGAGAUUGUGAGAGCCAGACAGAUGUUAGCGUCACAGUUCAUAACCUCAACCUGGUGGACAAGGUGAGGCGCCUGGGUGUGGCUGGGUGUCCUCCAGGACAAGGGGGUGUAACCGGGGGACCAAGCCCCCUCCUGGGGCCUCUGGGUGGGCUACGGAGGCCUGGGUCGCCCUUUGGACCAGAGGGGAUGAGGAGGAACAGGAGUUAUCCAGCUAUGGUAGGGGCCAGUAUGGCGAUGAAGGGCCCGGGGCCCCAGGAGGACUCAGAACUACUCCUGCCUCCUAACAAAAUGCCUAAAGAGAAGAGACUCAAGUAGAUGCUGGGACCUCUGGCCUCUAACCGCUGACACCUAAUAUUAACCCUAACCAACUAGUUUCCUCAGGAGACUGAACUUGUUACUUACCUGUUAGACCUCUGGUACUAUAGCUAGUUUUUCAAAAUCCUACAAACUAUUGGUACUCCUGGUCUAGCUAUUGACAAAUGACAACCAAUCACCUUUCUCAGCUACUGACAAUGAAUUAGUCUUCUAGUUCUAUCCGAUGCUUAUCCUUCCAGCUCCAAAACCAAAUGGCUACCCUGCUGUCUGCUACUAUUUAACCAGCUACCAAACUAGUACUAACAAUGAACAAUGAUCUUCCAUAAUAGCUAAAACUUUUCCUCUCUAGCCCUUGAACACAGCUAUUUCUCCCUGAUGUAGUCAAUGAAAUGACAUUUGCGCCCAGAGGGGGGUAAGCUCCUCACAUGUAGACUAAGCAUAAUGUAUGUAGUUCAAAUCUAAUUGUCACAUUUUUUUAAACCUUUAUCUUACUAGGCAAGUCAGUUAAGAACAAAUCUUAUUUUCAAUGACGGCCUAGGAACAGUGGGUUAACUGCCUGUUCAGGGGCAGAACGACAGAUUUGUACCUUGUCAGCUCAGGGAUUUGAACUUGCAACCUUCCGGUUACUAGUCCAGCUCUCUGACCACUAGGCUACCUGCCGCCCUUUGUAAACGACAGGUGUAGACUAACAGUGAAAGUCUUACUAAAGGGCCCUUCCCAACAAUGCAGAGAGAAAACAAGUCAUAAUAACAUAAGGAAUAAAUGCACAAUGAAUAACGAUAACUUGGCUACAUACACGCGGUAGCAGUACGGAGUGGAUGUGCAGGGGUACGAGGUAACUGAGAUAGAUAUGUACAUAUAGGUAGGGAUAAAGUGACUAGGAAACUAAAUAAUAAAUAGUAGCAGCAGCGUAUGUGACGAGUCAAAAGAGUUAAUGCAAAAGGGUCAAUGCAGAUAGUCUGGGCAGCUAUUGGUUAACUAUUUAACUACCUAUUCACUAGUCUUAUGGCUUGGGGGUAGAAGCUGUUCAGGAUCCUGUUGGUUUCAGACUUGGUGUAUUGGUACCCCUUACCAUGCGCUAGCAGAGACAACAGUCUAUGACUUGGGUAGCUGGAGUCUUUGACAAUUUGCUGAGUAAGUUAAAUCAAACUUACACGUCAUGUGAUUGUCAUGUCAGCUGGACUUGGAGCUUCUUCAUCACCAUGUAUUUAGAUGACUAGUAUCAUGUAGCACCACUAACUAUAGUCUAAACCUUUCUUCCUAGGUAAUAAUGGAUUGUGAAAUAAUGUUGAAUAUGUAACAAUUCUAAUGGUAAAGAUUUUCCACCAAAUUCAUGAAAUAGAUGAUCAACUUUUUUGCUCAACUCUUUCUCCUUCUCUCUUUCUCUCUCCCUGUUCUCAAUGAGAAGAACAAGUCAUAUUUCACUUUUAGGAGUCUUGUUAAUGUUUUGUCUGUGUGUUAAAGUUUAAUUAGUGUUAUUUUCCUAAAUGACUAUAGACAAAGGGAAAUGGAUAGUGGUUUCAGAGUGGUCAGUGAUUGAGGGAAUUAUGAAAAGAUCAAUAUACCCACUGCUGGAAUGGAGACAGGGAAGGAGGAACAGGGGGAAGGGAUAGAGGUUAAACAGUCUUUGUGGUCAGAAGCGUUUCCUGCUUCUUACUUCAGAGAAUUCCACAGAGAAUUUCAAUUGCUUAAAUUAAUUUUAAAAAGCAUUAGUGCCUCAAUAUGGUUUCUACAUCACUAUGCUCAUACUGGUUGUUUAUGUUCUUAUUCUAACUAAAAUGUUGUCCACUGAGUUACACUCCUCUUACAUUGAUAUGUAUAAUUAUAUAAUUUAUUGACUAAACAGUCUUUUGAUUGAAUAUGCAAAACUAUUAUUAUUCACAAGAUUUAACACAUUAAACACAUGUGCGUUAUAUACGGUAUAUAACACUAUAUUCAUUCAUUGUUAUUAGUACUGGAAAACUCAUUUACAACAAUCACGGUGAAAUAGAGGGGUGGUGUUCAAUACUAAACAAAAAUAUAAAUGCGACAUGUAAAGUUUUGGUUUCCUGAGCUGAAAUAAAAUAUACCAGAAAUUA